AUGAGGAACACAGAUGCCUUCUGGAUAUCUGGGCAGAGGAGAACAUUUCUCAACUGCUGGAGAAGGUUCAUAAAAACGCGGAGGUGUUCAAAAAUCUUUAGCGACCGACUGAAGCAACUAGGAUUUAACCGGAGUGUUGAACAGUGUCGUAUAAAGGUGAAGAAACUACGACAACAAUACAUAAAAGUGCGCGACGCGCUGCAGAAGAGCGGCAGCUCCCCAAGUAUCAAAGAGACAUUUAUUUGGUAUGAGGAUCUCGACAGUAUCUUGAACACAAGACCCAUAGUGAGCCCCGUAGAUGUGGUCGAGUCCUAUGCGGAGGAAGAGGUGGAUAAGUCGCCUGAUGAGGGGAGCCUGAGCUCCACUGCCGAUGCCGGGGCUGCUAAGGCGGAUACUAGCCGCAGUUACUCCGCGGAUGCCGAGGACUCUGAUAACAAUGCUGUCGCUGUUUGCUGUUGUUCAUGUAACCAUAGAAACAUCACCUUGUUGCAAUGGUUACUAACUGCUCUGUCUGUAGGUUUCUGGAUGGACAUCGGUCAGCCUAAAGACUUCCUCACAGGGAUGUGUAUGUACCUUCAGUCGCUACGGCAACAAGCUCCUGAGAGGCUACGCACGGGUCCCGGUUUCCUUGGCAACGUUCUUGUGGACCCCACAGCGCAGAUCGGGGAGAACUGCACCAUCGGGCCGAACGUCACCAUCGGUGCGGGGGUGGUGGUGGAGGACGGCGUGAGGAUAAAGCGCUGCACGGUGAUGAAGGGGGCGCGGGUCCGAUCUCACUCCUGGCUGGAGAGCUGCAUCGUUGGGUGGAGCUCCUCUGUGGGCCAGUGGGUUCGUAUGGAGAACGUGACGGUGCUGGGGGAGGAUGUGAUCGUGAACGACGAGCUUUACCUGAACGGUGCCAACGUGCUGCCUCACAAAUCCAUCAACGAGUCGGUCCCAGAGCCGCGGAUCAUCAUGUAGCGGCAGGAGGAAGGGAAGACCAGCGCCUCUCUUUUUAUACGAACUCGACUGACACCCAAACUGUGCCAGAGAGAAGGACGAGGGUGGAGGAAAGAAGAAGAAAGAGGAGGCAAAGGAGAAGAAGGUGUUUUUUCCCCCCCGUUCUGUUUAUAAUUUGGACUAUUUUUAGCCCUGCUUGGCUGCACCGUCCAUCAAUAAGAAACAAUGGCGUACGCACGAUCUUGGACGAUAAUGUCCUGAAUGUUGCCGAGGUUAAAGGUCUUGCGUGAGCACUGCUAUAGAGAGCGGGAAAUUCACACCAAACGCAGAGCGACAUUUCAGUGGUCUGUUUAUUACAAUGGUACGAACCCAAAAUAAGAUAUAUUUACUUAUGGCUAAACUGCAAUAAAAAGAUCCAAAGGUUACUGAAGUAAUUCGAUCAUGACGCCGAACAAAUCCACUCAUAAUCUUGUCUCUGCAUUAUAUUUGUAAGCAAUCGAACCACAGGAAACAUUAGCUCUGCGUUUGAUGUGGACGCUCCAUUAGAGUUAUGGGGCUGAUAUGUUUCUGUCAGAAGGUGGAGGGACUACUGUGAAGUGUAAUCGGGGGGGGAGGGGGUUAGUGAGCGAUAUGAACAUUGCUGUUUUAGAUUCACUCUGCAUUAACAUGUCCUGGGUGAACAGGCAAUGAAGGAUCACACUAAAUGUGUCUCUGCUGUUGCAGCGACUGGAAUCCUAACUGACAUUGAGAUUUCUAAAUGCAGUAUAAGUUAUAGUUGAUCAAUUAUUAUAGUCUUUUUUUAAACUGGGUUAUAUGAGGUACCGAUCCAUAGUCAGUGUAACACCUACAGUACAUGGCAGUAGCAGUUUGGAGAAACAAACACAACAGAGGAAAAAACAAGAGGCCUUCUUAAAUAAAAUCUAUAUCAGUUUUAAGUGAAUGCUUAAAAAUAA